AUGAAAAAACUGGAGGACCAAGCUGAGGCCGCCACCAAGGCCCAACAGAUGGCCGAAGAAAAAGUGGAGUCUACCGAGGCCAUUAAGAAGGUUGCUGAGGCCGAGAAGAGAGAGGCCGAGGUAAAAAAGGCCCAAGCGGAAAAAGAGCUUCAGCAGGCCCUAGUUACCAAAGAUGCUGAGAUUAAGGCGGCCGAUGAAGAGGCCUAUGUUCAAGGAAUGGCCGACGUUACAGAAGAAUACAAACUACAAGAUGAGGAUAAGGAUGAUGAUGAGGCUUUGGUAAGGAAGCCUAAAGACGCUAGUGAGACCAAGUCCCCUCCUCAGGAUGAUCAAGUCCUAGACUUGACUCAUGAGGAGGACGAGGAGGUUAUCAAGGAGACCACCCCUGAGCAAGCAUCAUCUGAUGUUCCUCAAAUCGGCAAGAGCGUUAAUGAAACCCUUGCUGAGAUCGACGCCGAGAUUGCUGCAGGUGAGGAAGCCGAGGUAUCUCUUCAGGAGACUUCUGAGGUUCAGAUCCAGCCAGAUGUUGAUGCUAAGAAGUCUUAA